UGUGCGAGGAAACAUGAGCGGGGUGACAUAUUCAGAGUCCCGGGCUGAGCGGCGCAGGUCGCCGGAUAAAGCUGCAGAGGAGCCGGAGCUCCGCGAUUUUGGGCACAAGACCUCCAGAGAGGAACAUGUGAGUGGGGAAUGGGCCAGAGGAGACAGGAUUACUGCUCUACAUUGCGGACUGACUCAGGAGGAGCCCGUGACAGGAAAGCCACUUGCGCACUGUGACGCACCCGAGGGGAUAUUUUCAUUUUUGCGCACCUCGGGGACUAUCUGGCCAAAGAUGAACGCCAUCGUGUUUAACAAACUGAGCGGCCAGGUUCUGUUUGAGGAGAAGGCCAACGAGGUGGAGAUGAGCAGCAGAAAUUACUUGGAAGUCAUGGACGGACAACAUCCGGACCUUCUGUCCAGCAACCAGGCCAUCAUGGACAACCAGGCCAUCAGACACAGACGGAACGGGGGUCGACCCGGCGGCAGCAAAGUGCGACACAAGCGUCAGGCCCUGCAAGACAUGGCGCGACCGCUCAAGCAAUGGCUGUACAAACACCGAGACAACCCCUACCCCACUAAGACUGAGAAGAUUCUGCUGGCUCUGGGUUCACAGAUGACCCUGGUUCAGGUUUCCAAUUGGUUCGCCAAUGCCAGGAGGCGGCUGAAGAACACGGUGAGGCAGCCCGACCUGAGCUGGGCGCUCCGGAUCAAGCUUUACAACAAGUAUGUUCAAGGCAAUGCGGAGAGACUGAGCGUCAGCAGCGACGACAGCUGCUCAGACGAUGGCGACAACCCUCAGAGGACCCAGAACGGCGCCGUGGAGCUCACCAAGCCCAUGUACCAGAGUGUCAUUAAAAAGGAAGGCUCCGCCAUGAUGGGAAUGGCCAUGGGGAUGGGAGCGGGCCUCCGCUCAGCCAACGAAGCCGCCUCGCUGGCGGACGACUACGUGUCCCCGCCUAAAUACAAGAGCAGCCUGUUGCACCGCUAUCUCAACGACUCGCUGCGCCACGUCAUGGUGGCCAACGCCGUGAUGGACGCUCGCAAGAGGAACCACUCGGGCUCCUUCAGCUCCAACGAGUACGACGACGAUCUGCUCUCGCCGACCUCUUCGGAGGCUGAGGCGAACUUUGUUUAUCGCGCUGAAACCACAGAGCAUGGAUCAAGUAAAUAUGACAACGGUGGCGUCAGAGCAGAACACAAGGAAAAGGUGAAGGGCAAAGAUGAGACGUACUGGAAGGAGAUCAAUGCCGCCAUGGCCUUGACCAACUUGGCGCAGGGGAAGGACAGCGCCCCUGGAACCACCAGCUGCAUCAUCCAAAAGUCUUCCCAUAUAGCAGAAAUCAAGACUGUUAAAGUGCCACUUGUGCGCAAUUAUUAGCUGCAAGCUGAGACUCCUCACUCUAUGCAAACAUUCCUCUUUUGAUUCCGAAAAAGACUAUUUCAAAGGACAAAUAAAUAUUUUGUUUAUUAAAAGUGUCUUCAAUAGGACCUUUUACGCUGACAUACACAAGUGUUGUACUGCAGUAUUACAAGAUACCUUUUUUUGUAAUAUUAACUUAUUUUUUUUUAUGACUUUUUUUUUUUUCCCCUUAUUUUUUAAGAUCAAUGUGCAUUUUGCCAAAGUGACUUUUGCUCUUGUCAAUGCAAAGUUCAGAUCCUAGUAGUGCCUCUUUGGAAUUUGUGAAGGAUUAUUUGACCAAUGUUUAGAGUCACUGUCGUGAUACAGGAAGUGCAAGUGUGCCUUGAAAGACCAAAUGAGGUCAUCAAUCAUUAUCCGCACACACACACACUUUGUUAUAAAAUAACUAGAAGUAAUUCCUUGAAGGUUUCCUGUGUAUUUUGACUGGAGUCCUCCAUUAGACUGUAAACUGAACCGUGUUUUGUCGGUGGAACGUAUCUCAUCCUUGAAUUGUGUUUUAUUAGCGACGACGCUCCCUCUAAUCGGAACAUAACAUCCAAAAGCUGGACCCAAAAUCAAAUCACGCUCACAAAUGCAGCGAUGCUCACUCUACGAAUGACCCCUGGACGAAAAAGGGAUUUUUUUCUUUUUUUAAUUAUCAGUGUUUUAAAUGGACAGUAUUGGUUUUUCACAUUUUUGUACUCGCAAGAAGGGUGAAAAAAUAAAAAAUAAACGACAACUCCCACCACCCUGCUUCAUCUUCAGCUGUUUAACAUUACAUUCAAAUUGCUGUUUACAAGAAGCCGGAGGACAAGUUUAAAUAUUUGACUUUUUACCCCUUGUCUUUCUUUUUUGUUUGUCUUUAUGUACGCAGCAUUGCAGUAGUAUCUCAGUUUAAAUAUUUUGUUAUUGCUAAUCUGUACAUGUGUGGUUGUUACAGUGUGUUUUUGAUCAAGCUUCCGUACUUGGUUUUUACAUAAGCCUGCCACAUUAAGGGCUUCUUUGACAUUUGAAGACACUCUUUGAUAGAAAGUACCAAAAUGUUUGCAAAUUUAAGUUUGACAAACUGGAGAAACUAAAGCUGAUUUUUUUUUUCUUUAAGAUAUCUUCAAGGUACUGUGUAUGUAUAUCUUCAAGGUACUGUGUCAUUAUGGACCCAUGUCUUGUGUGUGGCCUUAAUACUCCAUCAUGUCAAAAUGUACAUUCAUUUGUAAAUUCUGCAGUUGUAUUUUAUUUUGACAAACCCAGACUGUGAUUACGGCCAAGGAUUUAGAAGAAGGAGUAAUGCUGCACAGAGUAACUUUUUGACCUUUCUAUAUGAAUGUGCAAAAAAAAAAAAAAAAGAUGCACUUAUAGACAUGUAUUGUCAUUUAAUCAGAAGCCUUUUUUUUUUUUACACAAAAUCCAAGAAUUGAACCCUAUAUUUUUCAUCUUAUCGUGCUUAUAGAUGUGUAAUGAAAUGAAUCACACUAGCUAACCCCAAGGCACUAUUUACACAGUGGGGGCCACAUGUGUUUUUUAUCCACCUGACCCAGACAGGGUAGCUGCAGGGUAGCAGUAUGAGCUGCUCCUUGUGUUUCUAACCGCAACCCUCACACCUCACACGAUACCCACUCUCUGGGUGGAGAUUGUACAAGGGAGCUAGGAGGCCUCUUUUUUUUUUCUUUUUUUCCAAUUCCACUCACGGUGCAUCCUUGAAAGUGACACAAACAGAAGGGUUUCUACUGCUAAAAUGUUGGUGCUGUACAUGCCUUUCUCUUGGCUGCAUCCCAUGAGAAAUGAAAGGCAACAACAGUGUAUAAAGCCUAUAAAUUAUUCUUACUGACUUUGUAAAAACGAAGAAAUUUGUGACCAACUUUUUUUUUUUUUUACUGUUAAGUUAUAUGAAUUGUUUCUCCUUUUGUCUAUUUGCUAGAGACUGGAUUUUCAAUCCAAUGACCAAAUGCAUAUCUCAUUGUAUUGUUUUUACUUCUUGUAAAAUUUCCUUUUCCAAACGGUUUUUACUUGGUCAAGCAUUGAAUAAACCUCA